AACCAACUAAAACCUUAUCGGUCCUCCGGGCCGACUGGAACCAUUUGAUCCGUUAGGGUUUUCCGGUCCGGACGGGUAAACUUACUGCCCUAGCUCAUUGUUUUCUCUGUGUCCGUACCCGAUCCGCUUAUCUUAUUGCAACGUUUCGGGGGAGAAACGGUUCUAAACCCAGCGCCAAGCCCAAGUAAUUCGUAGUCCGUUCCGUUACGGACUGUGAGAAAAAUUAAAAUCCCACGAACCAAACAGACACACGAAAUCCAUAGAAAUAAACAACGUAGUAAAUGAAUAAAAUUAAUUAAUUACUAAAUGACACGAUCUCCCACCAUUUCAUCAGAUUUUUGGGAUUUCAUGAUCGGUUCUUCGGAAAGCCUUUUUGCUUCUCAAUUCAUUGGAGACCGUGCAAUUCGGAAAAUUUUAAGACCAGUGUGCAACUCUCAUUUUCAUUCAUUUGUGCAAGAUGAGCCAACAGAGUCAAAGGACCAGUUCUUUAUCUGCUGCAGACCUUCCUAUGAAACGGAAGCGCGGUCGUCCACGGAAGGAUGAAAAUCUGGUGCUGGGGAAGAAUAAAUCCAUGACGCCUGCAUCUGGAAGCACAAGGAAAAAUAAAGAAAGUGGGGUUACAAGUGAUGAUGCUGAUGGUGCCAUGGUGGGUCAGGUGGUUACUGGUGUCAUUGAAGGUUCAUUUGAUGCUGGAUAUCUACUUAAUGUUAAGGUUGGGGACACUGACACACAUCUGAGGGGUGUUGUCUUUCUUCCAGGAAGGUUCACCCCAAUAACUGCUGCAAAUGACGUUGCUCCACAUGUUAAGAUGUACGACAGAAAAGAGAUCCUAAUCCCAGUUCUCAACCAUCAACCUCAGCUCCAUAAUUCUGUCCUCCCAUCCGGACAAAGUAGUAAGCAACCUACUGAGCUUAAAACCCAUGCACCUGAACUUUCAGAUCAACUUCAAUCCCCUGGGCUUCAGUCUGCAAUCCCAAAUGCACCUGAGAACCUAUCUGCCUCUGUUAUGGUAACUGUGGCUGCCAACUCUCCCAAGAAUGAUGCAAGUCUUUCCUUGGGAGGAAAUGAAGUGCCUCAGAAAACAUUGGAGCCUGGACUUGUGAGCCAAUCUACAUCUACUACGGCACAGCCCGAUCAUGAUGAGACUGUUGAACAUGAUGAGGUGUUGGAGGAAUGUGAAGCUUCCCCACUGAUUGAAGGAGCUAAACACGAUGGAGAGGGAAUUAAGGAAUCAAAAGCAGAAUCGGCAUCUGAACCAGUUGUUGACAUGGUGCCAGCCACUGAAACCGCUACUAAAGAGCCUCAAAUUCAGCACCAGGCUGUGAGUCUUGACCUUAAGCCUAAUGAAUUGAUUCAUGAUGAAGUGAAGUACCCAAAUCUCGAACUCAACCAUACUUUUGUAUUUGCUGAACCGAAACCCAUGUCUUCAGAACAGAUGAAUAAGCCCGCGGACAUUGUGAUGGAAGAACGGGCUUCUCCAGAAAAAGAUAUAGCAGAAGAAACACAAUUGGAGCCUGCUAUUGAGAAUUCAAGUGGAACUGAUACGUCCCUCUCAAAUGGAAGACCUGCAAGUGAUUCUGUUAAUGCUAUCGAGUUGGGAUCACACUCUCCUCUAUGGAGCAGCCAUCCAGCAAUGAUGUCUGAGGGAGAGGCUAUUCCAUUAGAGUCCAACCAGCCAACCAGCAAAGAAUCCGCUCUUCCGGGAAUGUUGGAACCCCAGCUCCAUAGUUCUGGUACCGGAAGCAAUAUGGAAAAUGGUGUCAAAGAUGACCCGAUACCACAAUCUUAGAUCCCUACGAGAGACCUGAGAAUCAUUCGUGAAACUAAAAAUGUAGAAGAAAAGACAUGAGGGUAGUGUGAAGGUUGGGGAAUAAACAGGUAGUAUUCCGGUCAUGGCUCCCAUGUUUAAGUUGACGCUAGGAUAUAAGAUUAUUCUCUCCUAUUAAUCUGACAGCUCUCUUGUGGAUUGUUAUUCUUUGUUUUUUCUGGGAAAGGAGAUGGUUUGUUAUAUUCUUUGUUAUAUUCUUGAGUCUUGAAAAUUAAUGUCGGUUUUAUCUA